UUCACUAAUCUCCGUAAAGUUCUCAAAAGACAAAGAGGAAGGAAUGGAGAGCCCCAUAUUAAGUGAUGACAAAUUCAUCAAUCGACUUGUCUACAAUGAAAAUGAUUAUGACAUUGAACUGGAUGACUGGGCAGCUCCAGAUGCAAAUGUCAGCAGGAAAAUGGUUGCACAAAUUGAACACUAUCUUUCAGAUGACAACCUAGUCAAAGACACUUUCUUACUGAAACAUGUCAGAAGAAAUAAGAUGGGUUAUGUGAACGUAAAGCUUCUGACAUCUUUUAAAAAGAUGAAGCAUCUAACCAAAGACUGGAGGAUUACAGCCUAUGCCCUCCAACAUUACUCCUCAAAGCUAGAACUCAACAAGGAAGGCAACAAGGUGAGGAGAAAAGACCCAGUACCAGAGUCUCUCUUGGCUCAAGUACCUAGCAAAUUUCUGCUGGUCUGGAACCUGUCAGAUGUCUCUCCUAAUUCUGACACUAAGGUCCCUAGACCUCAUAGUAGCACCAUGGAAACUGCUAUCAGCAUCCUGGAGCCCUUUGGAAGCAUCUGCACAGUCAAGGUCUUCAGGCCUGGAAGGGAGCUCCCACCAGAGGUGCAAAGGAAUAGUUACAGGUAUCCUGAACUCUGCUCUCAGGAGAGCUUUCUGGUGGAGUAUGAGGACCUAGAAGGUGCUGGAAGGGCAUAUAACCAGCUGUCUCAGUUGGAAGGUUCAGUGAAAGUUAUUCUAAUAGGAAAAACCUUAAAAAAGAAAGCAGGGUUGGACCUGGUUGAGGAAAAAUGCAAUUGUAAAGGUGUAGCAAUCGUCAACCGCCGAAUGAACCAGCUCCAAUACAGAGGGGAUGACUCAUCAGCAUACAGCUCGUCUGAAUCGGAAGUGGCUUCCCCACUUCACAUUCCUCACUUCUCAUCAGGCCAAGUGUGUAGCAGUCCAUGGAAUAGUCCACGUUCAAGCCCCCGCUCCAGUCCUAGGAUCCUCCGCACGUCCCUCCCAGCUGUCCCCCGAGCCUCCCCACUCCUGGUCUCCGAGGUGUGGAGGAGUCCCGACACUAGCCCUGAGUUGAACCGGCGGAACCAUGACAAUGCAACUAAUAUUGGCAACAUCCAGAAACCAUGGGCUCAAAGGCGCGAGAUUUCUGGCGUACAAGCGUCUAUGCUCGAUGACAGUAGUAUUAGACAGAGUCGUCUAGGAAACAAGAGAAUGGGGGAUACGCUACCCUCAGGGAUCGUUCGGUUCCCAUAUGGACCAGAUGGGACAAGAGGAUUUCAUAUUACUAAGGUUGAACGAAGACUUCUGUACACACUCAAGAUAUGA